AUGAAGUUGACUCUGAUACUAUUCUUAUUUGUGGCGUUUGCCAGUCCAGUCGCCGCGCAGGGAAUUGACUUCAACACCUUAUUUUCAACAUUCGUAGCUGAUUUGCUAAAAACUAUUCAACAGAUGAUCUUGGAACAACUUACAGGAACAAAGGCUCCCGGAGCCACUACUACACUAUCUCCUGCGGUAACAGUAACAGAUGUGGUUACUGUAACUACGCCUGCACCGCCAACGGAAGCUACUACAGUAGUAACGGUUACAGAUGGAGUAACUACUGGAUCCACGGCUACAGUAGGUUCCACUGAAUCUGCUGCUACAGUGAAUGGAACACCAGCCAUCACAGAUGGACCAACCACGGAAGCCGCUACUGCAGUAACAGGAGGAUCGACAACAGAGGAAGCUACUACGGUAAAUGGAACUCCGGCUACAGGAGGCUCUACCACAAAAGAGGUUACCACAGUAUCUUCUGCAACCGGUGGAUUGACCACCGAGGAUGCUACUACGGUAGUUGAUGGUUCAGGUUCAACCACUGACACCGCUACUACAGUAAACAAAACACCGGCAACUGGUCUCACAACUGAAUCCGCAACUACAGUAACCGGAUCCACAACAACCGGGGAACUCACAAGCAAAGAUGGUGCUGAUCCGAAUGAAGGGUCUACCACGGUAUCAGGAUCUCCAGCUACAGGAGUAACCACUGAAGCUGCUACUACCGUAAAGGAGACACCGGCAACAGGAGGCUCAACUACAGAAGGGCCUACCACCGUAUCAGGAUCCCCUGCUACAGGAGGAUCUACUACUGAAGCUGCAACUACGGUAACAGGAGAACCAACGACAGAUGCACCUACUACACUGGCAACCGCUGUACCAACUGGUAGAGACAUCACUGAGUUCACAACUGAAUCAUCUAAUUCUGCUACAACUGAGGAGCCAUCAGAUACCACAAAACAACAAAUGUGUAGUAAGAAACCUAAUGAGACCUCCAACUCAACGUCCUCUGAGGGACCGGAUGCCACUACAGUAACCUUGUCUACUCUCCUGACUACACGGAAAUCUGGCAUGACCCAAAGCAAUGAGGUGACAAAAACUCCUGAUAGUGUUACUAAUAGCGACCCCGAAAAUGGAGGUGGGGUUACUGUAACCGGAACCCCUCCAACUGCUGUAACUCAGACUGAGAAUCCCUCUGCAGACACCACCACUACCGAUAGAGUUAAAUGCGAAUUGGAAAAUGAAGAAGUAGCAGUAGAGGAAGAGAUCACUAGACCUCCAUCAAAAGCAAUCAGAAAUAAAAGAUCAUUACGAGAAGAAGACGAAGGAACCGUCAGUACAGAGCUGACAGAAGGAAAUGUGGAUCCAGUUGGAUCAGAGGUUACGGAAUCUCCCACGUCAUCAGCAGCGUCUGACACCACCACUUCCACUAUUAAACCAGCAGAAACAACGCUCUCUCCUUCUCCUUCGUCCUCCGAAUCCUCCAUCUCCACAAUUCCAUCUGCAGAAGCUUCAACACAAGCAUCAGUCGCCACUACAUCAACUGGAUCACCAUCAUCUACAGUAACCACCGUGUCUACAGUAACAGGAGAUGUGAUGACAACAGCUUCCACUCCUUUGUCUUCUGCUUCUUCCUCAUCUGCUUCAUCAGAGUCCUCUAGCUCCGUCGCAUCUUCCUCUACCACUGCCGCUGGAUCCGUCAUCAGUUUGUCCACAAUCCUAUCAUCUUCUUCUACACCAAUCGUGUCAGUGUCUGAAAGCACAGCUUCCUCUUCUACUGGAUCACCCACAUCUACCUCUGCCAGCUCUGUGUCUGCUGAAUCCACGUCAUCAUCCGUAGCUAGUUCUGUUUCAUCUGGAUCCUCGUCUUCUGGAUCAGUUACCACCGGGUCUGUUCAAACGCCAACAUCUCCAGCGACUUCAGCUAUUGUAUCGGAUAUUACUGUAGCCACGCCCACUACCACUUUACCACCAAUCACUUAUAGCCGGGAGCCCACAACAACUCCAACAUUGGCCCCAGUAACUGCGUCAAGCUCACUUGCACCGUCUACUCCUGUCACCUUGCCACCAAUCCUCGAAACUUCUGCACCAUCAAUUACACCAGUUACCUUGUCUCCAAUCUUCGAACCAACGCCAGUCACUCUUCCACCGGUAAGCAACUUCAAAUUCCAAAUGCCAAUUGAUUAUUUUCAGAUCUACCUGACACAGUUGCCACCGAUUUUCAACAGUGUGGAGAAGUCCUCAUCAUCUUCUGAGUCAUCAUCUUCGAGUAGUAGCAGUGAGGAAACAGGGAAUCCCCGCCCACACCGUCCGACUAGACCACCACGCGGCCCUUUCCCAAUCCAACCGGACCACCCAUUCCCUGUUAAGCCAACAAAACCAAAUGAAGACAAGACACCUUUCAAAGUGAGAAGACUUCGUCAUAAGAACAGUCAGCACAAGCAUUUGCAUCACAAGAAUGAAGGGAAGAAGGAUCAAGAUAAGGAGAAGGUGUCGGAUGCACUGAAGAUUGUGAAAUUCGAUUUGAAAGGAGGAGAUAAGGAAGGUUUUGAGAGAUCGAAAAGAAGUGUGGACUUUCCUAAAGGACAUUACGUGUCUUACAUGAAAGACGGCAUGCACUAUGUUAAAUACACGUUUGACUGA